GUGUCCUCACCAUGCAGAAGAUGGGCGCAGUGAGUUCGUCCCGCAGACGGAAGGCGGUCGUGAAGAUGAUCGCUCCUUCUCAUUUCGCUACGACGUGAAGGACCAGGCGUUCGUUGGGAACUCGCGAGCUUGUGCAGACCUCGCCAGCAGGAUUGACGGUGACUCUGUUCCGCUUCUUACCUCUCGCGAGUUGGCUUGUCAAGACUCGUAUGAGCAAGCCGUUCGUCGACAAUUUCAGGCGAUGAGCUGGAUCAACCAUCUCGCUGGCGACUGUGAUGAAAAGGUGCGCGCCGCUAGGAAGGAGGCCUUGCUUGCUCAGGACGCGCGUGUUCAGGCUGAGCGAUCAAGCAAAGAAAACGCAGCGAUG